AUGAAGUCUUAUGGCAAAGGUGCGAGAAGGAAAAACAGAUUCAAAGGAUCAGAUGGGAGUACAUCUUCUGAUACUACCUCUAACAGUUUUGUCCGACAGGGUUCGGCAGACUCCUACACUAGCCGUCCAUCUGAUUCAGAUGUAUCUCUUGAGGAAGACAGAGAGGCAGUGCGGAGAGAGGCAGAGCGACAGGCCCAGACACAGCUGGAAAAAGCAAAGACAAAACCCGUUGCAUUUGCAGUCCGGACAAAUGUUAGCUACAGUGCAGCCCAUGAUGACGAUGUACCAGUUGCCGGCAUGGCCAUCUCAUUUGAAGCUAAAGAUUUCCUACAUGUUAAAGAAAAAUUUAACAAUGACUGGUGGAUAGGACGGUUGGUGAAAGAAGGCUGUGAAAUAGGUUUCAUACCAAGUCCAGUCAAAUUAGAAAACAUGAGACUGCAGCAUGAACAAAAGGCUAAGCAAGGAAAAUUUUACUCCAGUAAAUCAGGAGGAAAUUCAUCAUCUAGUUUGGGUGACGUAGUACCUAGUUCCAGAAAGUCAACACCUCCGUCAUCUGCUAUAGACAUAGAUGCCAGUGGCUUAGAUGCAGAAGAAAUUGAUAUUCCAGCAAACCAUCGCUCCCCCAAACCCAGUGCAAACAGUGUAACAUCACCCCACUCCAAAGAGAAAAGAAUGCCCUUCUUUAAGAAGACAGAGCACAUCCCUCCGUAUGAUGUAGUGCCUUCAAUGCGGCCAGUAGUUUUAGUGGGGCCUUCCUUAAAAGGAUAUGAGGUGACAGAUAUGAUGCAAAAAGCAUUAUUUGAUUUUUUAAAACACAGAUUUGAAGGGCGUAUAUCAAUCACACGGGUCACAGCUGACAUCUCGCUUGCCAAACGCUCAGUAUUAAACAAUCCCAGCAAGCAUGCGAUAAUAGAACGAUCUAAUACAAGGUCAAGUUUAGCUGAAGUUCAGAGUGAAAUUGAACGAAUAUUUGAAUUAGCAAGGACAUUGCAGCUGGUAGUACUUGAUGCUGAUACUAUUAAUCAUCCAGCUCAACUUAGUAAAACUUCGCUGGCUCCAAUUAUAGUAUAUGUAAAGAUUUCUUCUCCAAAGGUUUUACAGAGGUUAAUAAAAUCACGAGGCAAAUCUCAGGCUAAACACCUAAACGUUCAAAUGGUAGCAGCUGAUAAACUGGCUCAGUGCCCUCCAGAAAUGUUUGAUGUGAUUCUGGAUGAGAACCAGCUUGAAGAUGCUUGUGAGCACCUAGCUGACUAUUUGGAAGCAUAUUGGAAGGCCACACAUCCUCCUAGCAGCCAUUCCCCCAAUCAGCUCCUAACUCGCACCCUGGCAACUGCCACUCUUCCUGUCAACCCUAGCACAGAUACUAACUUACAGGGCUCUCCAGAAGAUCAGAUGAAUGAACAACCAGCCCUUGAACGAACUGGUUCCCAAGGCGAAGAAGAAACACGUGCUGAGUUCUCCAGGAAAUCUCAACACCGUUCUUCCUCUUCGGGUCAUCACCAUAACCAUCGUAGUGGCAUUAGUCGUGGCCUGUCUAGACAAGAAAAUUUUGACUCAGAAACACAAGAUAGCAGAGAUUCAGCAUAUGUAGAGCCAAAGGAGGACUACUCACAUGAACGCUACGAUUCUCAUAGAGAUCACAGUCACAGGGACGAAUCUCAUGGGAGCAGUGAUCACAGGCAUCGAGAAUCAAGGCAUCGCUCAAAGGAAAGGGACCGAGAGCAGGAUCACAAUGAAGGCAACAAGCAGCGUAGCCGCCAUAAAUCAAGGGACCAGUAUUACGACAGGGAUGGGGAAGUGAUAUCUAAAAAACGCAAUGAUGCAAUGGAAUGGAAGAGGGAUGUGUACAUCCACCAAUAA